UGUACAUUGCGCAGGAGGAGGAUCUUGCUCGAUGGUGCCGUCGCAUGGACGAGCACACCAUGCCACGCUUCUACGGCCGUCCCUUCCAACAUGCUGCGCUUCAAGCUUGGCCAGAGUGUCCUCGUAGCCUUGACCUGCUGCGCGACGACGUUCACAGGCUGAAGAAGGACUUUGGGGCACUCUCUCUCUCAGUGCCUAGCGAGCAUCGGCACGAGGCAUACAGCACCUGGCCACGCUGGGCACGCGACGCCGUGCCGACAUGGUGGCAAGACUUUGAUCAAGCCAUCAUGGAGACGCGCGUGCACGGACGUCCUCUUCCUGUUGCGCCGCGCAGCGAGCUCGAGGAUCAGAAGGUAGCCCACCUCCAGCGACGGUCGUUGUCGCCUGUGUUGGGUGCUGCUGCGAGAGAAGACACGCCGGUGGCCGUCAAUCCGCCGCCAAAGCGGACGCAGGUGCACGAGGCCAGCUUUGCGGACUUCCACAAGGACGCUCUGACGCUGCUUGGCGAGGUCACUCUGCUCGCUGCUGAGCCUGGGCCGGAACACGCGGAGAGCAACGCUGCCUAUGAGUUCUGGACUCAAGAGUGCGCUGUGAGUCCUGUUCUCCUUACUUCGCAUGCGUCUCUUACCAUGCAUCCGCUCGUGGCUCACACGAAGCCUGUCGCUCUGUAGAAGCUGCAGGCCGAGGCCACUACGAUGGGCUAUCGCGACAAGCACGAGAUGUCCGAGCUCGUUACCAGCGUGACGACUGCCAUUCAGGCCCGU